AUGAUCGAGAGCGGAGUCCUGAUCCGCGAUACGGCGCCCCGCUUCUACGCCUGGCGCAUGGAGGCGCAAGGCCGCGCGCAGACGGGGCUGGUGGCGGCGGCCUCCCUCGCGGCUUACGAGCAAGGCGCGAUCAAGCGGCACGAAUCGACCCGGCCGCCCAAGGUGGAGGACCGCGCCCGGCACAUUGAAGCGCUCGGCGCGCAGACAGGCCCCCUGCUCCUGAUUCACCGGCCGGACGAAGAGGUUCGCCGCCUGAUCGCCGCGGCCUGCGCAGGGCCGCCGCUCUGCCGCUCCGUGCAGGGUGGAACGGUGACGCAUACGCUCUGGCCGAUCGACGGCGCCGACGAGAUCGAAGCGCUGACAGAGCGGUUCGACCGGAUCGGUGCGCUCUAUAUCGCCGACGGCCACCACCGCGCCGCCGCGGCGCAGACAGCAGCCCAGGCGAUGGGAGCAGGGACGGGAGAGGCAGCCAGCCGUCUGUUGACGGUGAGCUUCCCCGCCGACGAGGUGCGCAUCCUCGGCUAUCACCGCAUCGUGCGGGGCCUGAACGGCCUCACAUCGCCGCGGGUAUUCCUGCGCCAGAUCGGCCAGACGCUCGGCUGCGAGCCGGCGGAGGGGCCGGUGGAGCCCGCGCAGCCGGCGCACUUCGGCAUGUAUGUGGAGGGCCGCUGGUACCGCCUCGCCGCCGAAGGAGCGGCGCCCGCCAGCGGUGCGGCGGUCGAUCGCCUCGACGUUUCGCUCCUCGCGCGCCUGGUUCUCGGGCCGAUCCUCGGCAUCGGCGAUCCCAGGCUCGAUGCGCGGAUCGACUUCGUGGGCGGCGGGCGCGGCGUGGAGGCGCUCGCGGCGGCGGUCGACGGCGGCGACGCGACGGUCGCCUUCUCGCUCUAUCCGACCUCCGUGGAGGACCUCAUGGCGGUCGCCGAUGCCGGCGCGAUCCUGCCGCCGAAAACCACCUGGUUCGAGCCCAAGCUCGCCGACGGACUGGUCUCGCUGGUCCUCUCCUGA